AUGAGCUCAGACGGAAAGAAGCACAAGAACAAGUUGAUCCAACGCGGGAUCAAGCAGAGUAGUCCUCUGGGCACCGGCCUGUUUAUAGGCCUCCGCAGUCUCGACCCCGUACUCCAAUAUGGCCUCCUUGCGAAGGGCAUUGCAGCCAAUGCCAUUCGCACACUCGGAGGAACGACUCUGGCCCAAGGCCCACCCGUCGUCACGAACACCUUUAUCGACCGACUUGCUCUAUCACCUUACCGACUGAUCCUUCUUGGAAUGGCUGCCGGCAGUGCCGUCAAGCAGAGCUACUGGCUCGUCGGCAUCUGUCAAGAGGAAUUCCCUCCCAUCUCAGCUGUCGAGGUGUCGGUCUUCAACACCGUCUUCAACUCUGUCAACUCGCUGCUCUUCACCUGCUCGCUCACCUCUGCCUCCGUCAACGGCGAACACUUCCCUCAGACCCCUCUGCUAGUCGGCUCUGCUCUGUACCUUGUCGGCAUCUUCACAGAGACCUUCUCAGAGUGGCAGAGGCUGCAAUUCAAGAAGAACUCGGCGAAUAAGGGCAAGGUCUAUACUGGUGGCUUGUUCCGCUACGCUAGACACAUCAAUUAUGCUGGCUAUACUCUUUGGCGUGCUGGGUACGCCUUGGCUGCUGGUGGCUGGACCUGGGGUGCCAUUGUUGGUGCCUUCUUCUCAUACAACUUCAUUCACGAUGGCAUUCCAGAGCUCAACAGAUAUUGUCAGGAGAGGUACGGUGAGCAGUGGCAGAGCUACAGAAAGCAGACUCCUUACAAGCUCUUCCCAUACGUGUACUGA